GUGCUUGGCCAGGGCUUUUGCAAGAAUCAACCCGGAGCCUCGCUCUGAUUGGCUCCGCGUCACGUGCUCUGCCCUGCCUUUCUCUCCACUGCCGGGAGGUUUGGAUACUAUUGGGAGGUUUGGCAGGGUUUUCUCCCCUACUCCUUCCACUGUUGCAGAGCAGACACGAUGGGAUUGGACUGGAUUGGUUUUAGCUAUGCAGCAUUAGUGGCUUCUGGGGGAAUGAUCGGCUAUGCAAAAGCAGGUAGUGUUCCAUCUUUAGCUGCUGGACUUCUCUUUGGGAGUCUAGCUGGACUGGGAGCUUACCAGCUGUCUCAAGACCCAAAGAACAUUUGGCUUUCUCUGAUUGCUUCUGGAACCUUAGCUGGUGUUAUGGGCAUGAGAUUCUACAACUCAGGAAAAUUUAUGCCUGCAGGACUGAUUGCUGGUGCAAGUUUACUGAUGGUUGGGAGACUUGGACUGAAGAUGUAUGGAAAACCCCAUGAGGGCUAAUGGGCCAUUCCAGGUGACUUGAGAUACAGAUAAAAAGGCUGGAUAUGAACCAAAUUGAAUGCACUAUGCAACAGAGCGACAUAAAGACAUCAUAAAUACUAAAUGGACGAAUUUUAACAAACGAAGUAACAUUCUGUCUUGAUAUAUGAAGAUAUAGUUCCACAUUCCAGGAGUAAGUAAUAUUUCUGAUAUGAAAAUUGGGAUGGUAACUUUUUUGCAAUUCUCUUUCUUCCAAGUUAAAGGCAACAUGUGUGGUUAGAAAGGCAGAACCUAGUCUUAUUAGGGAUCAUAAAUGUGUGAGCUAGUUUUGUUGGUCUGGAUGGAUGUAACAUUUGCUGCUUUGCUGCAGUAAAGAUAGCAGACAAAAUAUGAUCCUUCCUGGUCCCAAUUGCCUUAUUGUAGCUUUGAUCAUAGACUCCUACACUGCAUGCUAAUAACAACCCCAAUAUUACUUUGCCAAAUUUAAAGUCCACUUAAGUCCACUUAAGCCAAGGGGAACCCUACUCUGCCUUACCAUGUAAUGAUUUUGGGAAAUCUGUAGCAUGACCUGGGAUGUUGUUUGACUCUAUGUCCCAUUAUGCCCAUCCAGGCCAGCCAGUGGUUGCAGCCAAUACCACAAAGGCAGCCACAGUUUCUUCACUCUAGCCAUAUUGGAUGCUGCUAUCUCAAUCUGCAUGGGAGGAGAGGAUCUGGGAGCUCAAACCUAACAUGGAAACUGUGUUUUCUUAUUAUGCUAAGUAAAAUGGUGCUGAAAAGUUUAUAUAGAGAGUUGUAAUUAUGAUUGUCCAAAUGAUUCUGAACUGAAUUGGUAAAAUGUUUUCAUUCUUCUUCCUCAAACUUUAUAGAAAGUUUUGAAGGGCAACCUUGGAUUAGGAAUCAAUGUUUUCUUCUCGCUUUUUGUAACAGUAGAGAGAAAAUUCAGUGUGUCUAUGUAAUCUUUUUCUUUAUAUCAUUAAAUCCUACUCAGAAUACACAA